AUGUUCUACCAGCUCGCAUUUUUCAUCAUCGGAACUCCGAUCAAUGUUUUCGCAUUUGUUAAGACAAGUCGGUGAGUGUUUACGCACAGAAAACGAUAGAUGAGUUUCGAGUGUGCAAAAGCGCUGCAAAAUAAUUUGUGCAAUCCACUUUUAGUUGAAGCAUUUAAAAUUCGUCAGAAUACUCAGAAAAGAAACAAAAGCUCGAUGCUCCAUGUUUGAGGCAGAAAUUGUCAUUAGCCAUUACUCGCUAAAAAAGGAGAAGAAGAAGAAGUAAUUUGUAUGAUGUUUGGUUUCAGAAAUGUCCGUGAAGGAGGCGUCGAAUCGCGAUUAGUGAAGCUCAGCAGACAGUUGCUUAUCGCUCAUCUCAUGGUUCUUUUUAUGUACGGAAUCUGGAGAAGUUACUGGAUUUAUAGAAUUGUGUGGACUCAGGGUAAGAGAUGAUUGUAUCAAACUCUUGGACUGUUUCGUUUUUUUUUGUUUUGCAGGAGAUGUGAUGUGCCGUGUGUUCAGUUUCCUGUGUGCCCUUCCUUUCCAUCUCUGGUCGAACAUGGUGGCCGCGAUUGCGAUCGAUAUGCUGUGCUGCAUUACGUAAACAACCCACAAACAUUCUGCGCGUAAACUGACACGACGCAGGUUUCAGAUCUCCGCUGAGCAGCUAUCGGACCGGCGCCAACCGCGUUAAUUGGCUCAUAACUCUUGCGUGGGGCUUUGCCAUAGUCUGUGCCUCGCCGAUGAGCAUUCUGCGCGGAACCAUUCAGAUCAACGACGAAGACAUGUAUCAGUGCUACCCCAGAACUGAUGUAAGAAAACUGGAAUCGACGGAUCAGUUUCACGGACGGUUAUUUCAGGUUUUCGGGGAGGACGUUCUGAUUGCUUUCAACCUCUUCCACGUCAUAACUUCGUUCUACAUCCCACUCUUCAUAGUUAUUAUCUGCUACUUGGCAAUCGGAUUAUCGAUUAGGAAACAAAUGGCGGAACGUCGUCUUUUGCAGGUUAGCUUUUUUUAAAUUUUUUUUCUGGUUUUGAUAAUCCGCUUGUUUUUGUAGGAUGGAGGACAAGGACAGAAAACAACAAACACUAAAGCUAGAUUCCUGAAAGCUUCUGUAGCGAUUAUUUGUACAUUUUUAUUCACGUGGCUUCCAUAUCAGGUGAGAUUUGAAAUUGUGAAAAUGGAAAUAUAAUGAUUCUCAGGUUCUGGCUCUUCUCCGCAUUGUUUGUGUCUCUGAUAAUUGCCAAGAAGUAGUGAGCAAACUGAAUUGGCUCCAAGCUAUAAUUAUAGCAAGGUAGGAAUUGUAUUCGGAUGUGUGACUAACAAAAACACAUUUUCCAGCACGUGCAUCAACCCUUUCUUGUACCGUUUUGGCACCGAACCAAAACGCAACUCGUACUAUUGCAGCACCAUGGACACUGCUGGUAAGGAGGUAUGCAUGACGGUCAAGUGGUUUCCUUCACUUCUUCUUCCCAUCUUCUCCAUUUUCGAUCAAAUUCUUAUCUUAUCACGUGGUGUCUUUUUCACCCUCUCUGCAAAACCGGUUUACUUCUUCAAUUUCUUCAACACGAUGUUUCAUUCUGCACGUACACUGUUAUCAAUGACGAUAGGGUCUAGCCGAUAGUUCUCCAGACUUAAUGGGAAUUGGAAGAUGCGGUGUUCUUGAGAGGAAAUUGCAUCAGCUGAUGACAUGAGAAGACCUUUCGGACGGAAAUUGAAUAUGAUGUCUUGUCUGCUUCUAAUUGAGAUCUAAUCACCUUCGGCGUAGCUGAGAAAUGUCAUCCCUUGCAACCAACCAACCCGUUUGUCCCCAUCCUUCCCUUCCCUCACCGACCCUCAUCAGUGUACAUCCAGAUCAAAACGAUUUUGCAGGAAGCCGUUCUGUCCGCCGAUCGACGCAGAUUCGCGAAGCCGAGAGCCACCGGAUCGCAGCCGCAAGUCGCGCACGUCGCGAGCAAGGAACUUCCACAGUGUCACCUCGUGGUACGCGCGCCACGGUACGAGAGCAGACGCGCGUCCCAAGUCGACUCAAAAACACCAAAAGUAACGAGGUUUAGGUGCAGUGGAUCACUUGAUGGAGCUAGACUCGAGCAGUGUUAA